AAGGCCCAGCCCAUACCAAUAAUAUCCCGUCAUCAUCACCAUGCGCGCAUAUUUGUUGAUCUAAUUCUCGAGAGCUAACGAUCUCCAAAUUAAACUGUUCACGGAUCAUCUCAACAUCCUGCCAUCCCAGAGCCUCCUCCUUUUGGUUCUGACACAAUAGAUUAUUGCGGAAUCACACCGACUUUUGCGGUCAGGAACGGCAACGACCGGGCGAUCAGCAUUUUUCUUCUUUCUUGAGAUUGCUCACCACGCUAGCCCCACACAUGAAGGAGAACGGUCUCGUGGCAUAUACAAGCUGCCAUUUUUCCCCACGCCGAUGCUUCUAUCCAGCCUGUUCGUUCUUCUCUCCCAUCACUCCCACCGCACUUCAAUUCGUAUACUUUCGAGAGGCCGGCCGACACUUUCCAACUAUGUACAUGUGCGUCCAAAAUACGCAGUACUAUAGAUACGGAGUGCAUGUCGUACACGGAGUUGCGGCCUGUCUAUAUAUGCAUUUCACUGGCCCCCAGUUGCAUCCCUCCCCAGCCAAAACUGCCGUCCAGCCAGCCGUUGCUAGUCCACAAACCAAAGUCGACAAGCGAGCAAACCAAGUGAAGUGAUAGCUGACCAGCAGUAACCCGCCGGAAACAAACAAGCAAACCAACAAUGCUGCGCCAUCAUCAUGUACUCCUCCUCCUUCUCGCCGUGCUGCUGCUCCCCGCGGCGGCCACGGCCGACCCGGACGCCCUGCAGGACUUCUGCGUGCCGGACCCGGGCCGCGGCCGCCCAGUGGAGCUCGCCCUGCUCCGCACCUACCCGUGCAAGAACCCUUCAAACCUCACGGCCGGGGACUUCACCUUCUCGGGCGCGCGCGCCGCGGGCAACUUCUCCGCAGACCUGGGCUUCGCGGGGGUGUCCGUGACCCCGGCCCAGUUUCCCGGUCUCAACACGCUGGGCAUGUCCUUCGCCCGCGCCGACCUGUCCGCGGCCGGCGGCGUCAACCCGCCGCACUACCACCCGCGCGCCACGGAGACGGCGCUCGUCCUCGCCGGCCGCGUCUACGCCGGCUUCGUGGACACCGGCGGGCGACUCUUCGCCAGGGUGCUCGCCAAGGGGGACGUCAUGGUGUUCCCGCGGGGCAUGGUGCAUUUCCAGCUCAACGUGGGCGACGCGCCGGCCACGGUCUACGGCAGCUUCAACAGCGAGAACCCGGGCAUCGUGCGCAUCCCGGCCACGGUGUUCGGUUCCGGGAUCAGGGCCGCUGUCCUGGAGAGGGCGUUCGGGCUCACCGCGGCGGAGCUCCGCCGGAUCGAGGAGAAGUUUGGACCGCCCAAGAAGGCCGAGAUGGAGGAGUAAUUAAUCAACUGUAUUUCGUUGGUUGGGGGCUUGGGGCCUUUGGGGUUGGCUGAUCGGACAUGGCGGCCGUGGGUCCAUCCCGCAUGCAUGCGUACAUGAUUAGUUGACAGGUAGACUUGGGUGGGUUUGAGUAUGGGUAUACUAUUUCUUUUUCAUUUGGUUUAUGUGCAGUUUAUUUGUGGUGGUUGUUAAGGCUCGUCAUUAGCUAUCACUGUAAUGAUUCGUUAAAAGGUGGAAGGUUGGUACAGCUGAAAAAAAUUACAGUACAAAAUUGAAAUAAGCGAUCACUAAUGAUCAAAACUAUCUCCAGUUUUUUUA